GGUCGGGUACCCGACCCAUUUCUACCUGUAGUACUACCGAUCCUGACGAACCCAAAUCUCCCAAUCGUCUUCUUCAAAAUCCGCCACAUCCACUGUGAAUUGGAAACCAGAAUAGAGAGAUGACGAGGGGAAAGCAAAAGAUCGAAGCUCAGCGAAAGAAUGCCGAGAAGAAUCAGAAGUCCAAAGGAUCUCAGCUCGAGGCCCGAGCUGUCGGCCUCACAAUCACCUGCCCCAUCUGUAAAGUGCAGCUGGCUAACAAGAAUCAACUCCCGGAUCACUACAGCUCCAAGCAUCCGAAAGAAAAGUGCCCCACAGCUUCAGGCUAACAUGGUGUUGCCUUGUGUAUAGCAAUGCUUGGUCAGUGUUAUAAAGAUUCAAAGGUCUAUAAGACUGUGUAUGUGCUUGUUUAUUUUCAAAUAUAGUACAUCAUCUCAAGCGCCCUGCUAAUGGAGCUAGAAGAAUAAUCAUCACCAAUGUUUUAGUUUCGAGAAUGUAAUGGACAAAAUAAAAAAGAUACAUUAAUUAGACCAUUCUCCCCUCAGUGCUUUGUUCGCAAAAUUGAUAAUUCUUACCCCCUCUCGCCACACACUCAGUCUCGACCCCAAUCCAUCCUCCUACCCACGUCAAUUGCGGGAUGCAAGUUUAGUUGACUUAGAGUCAAAAAAAUUGAAACUAAACUGGCACCCCACAAUUGACAUAGGGUAGGGGUUGGGGUUAGAACUGCGUAAGGGGUUACGGGAAUAUGAGCUAUCAAUUUUACGAAUAGAACACUGUAGGUGUCCAGUAUCAUCCACUCAACUAGAGAGAGGUGGGGCACAAUAUCUUUUUUAGAAAAUAAGUCCAAGCUCAAGUUACACACAUUCCAAAGCUAAAUUAUUGGCAGGGCAUAACACAUUGGGAAGAGGUCAUCACUAUGGAUAUCUUGUGUAUGUUAAUUACACCACACAUUCCAUGUGGGGGAAGAAAGUUUGGUAGUCCUU